GCGGGGUAGGAGGUUGAAGUUUCAGAACUAACACCCCAGUCAUGCACCUGUCUUCGUGGGCACGCUCAUAAUGCCUCGGGUGUUCCGUUGGCACCUAAAAAAGAGGGUACAACAGCCCAACUUCUAGGGCCUCAGGCCUUGUGGGACAGGAAGAAAAGUGCCCUGACAGCAGGGUGUAGGCUGCCCUGCUGCAGGUUUGUCUUGUGGGAAGGGCUGGACUCCAUUUCCCACCGGACACCGCGGCACCGUUCACGUCCCCUUCGCUCUGCGCGCUCCCUUGUAGGUGAGACAGCGGGCCGCGCCUUCCGGCCUCGGUCCCCCCCGCCGUCCCUGAGUUGGUAGGCUCCACCUCCAGGGCAGCGGCUUUGCAGCCCCGGCUGCUGGGCACUUCCAAGCCGCUUGCAGGGGGAGGAAGCGUGAGGUGUGGGGAACGCUCAGAAAGUCUCAAGAGCAGUUUCAUCUUGAGAAGUCGCUCCCAGGUUAAUCUACAUUUCGUCGAAAUGGACGCUAUUACCUUGUCAAAUUAAAAUCUCGUUGUGCAACUUGAACAAAAGGUAUUCCUUUGAGUCCUCCCCAUGGCACGCUUGGCGCUGGGCUGGCCCAGCGCUCCCCAUCGCCUUCCCACUCCCACUCGGAUAGGUGUGUGCGUAGCCGCCUUUCUCCCGAGGUUGGCUCCACCCUUCAGCGCUCGGCUUGGUGCAGCUCUGUCCCCCCCAGUGGUGCAUGGUACAGCUCCCGACCCCCUCAACCUCUCCCUCCCUCUCGGGCUCGGAGUGGUACGCGCCCCCCCCUCCCCCCGGGCAGACACGGAACUGGCGCGCGCUGGAAGCGGCGCCGGCAAGCGACCGACGCUCAGCUGCCAGGGGCGGUCUGACUGGGCCUGGCCGGUUCCCCCAGGCUCGGGAGGCUGAAAAGACAUAGAGAACGUAAAGAUCUGUGGAUUCCAAAUCUGCAUCUGGAGUGGAUGGUGAUGGAGGACUUCAGCAGAUAGAUAAUAUCAGAAAUCCUCCUGGGAACAUUGACUCCUUGUGCGGUGCCUUGAAGUUUCUCUGAGAUGAACUGAUGAAUUGGAAUCAUGGUGCAAAAGAAGAAGUUCUGUCCUCGGUUACUUGACUAUCUAGUGAUCGUAGGGGCCAGGCACCCGAGCAGUGAUAGUGUGGCCCAGACUCCCGAAUUGCUACGGCGAUACCCGCUGGAGGACCACGCUGAGUUUCCCCUGCCCCCAGACGUUGUGUUUUUCUGCCAACCAGAGGGCUGUCUGAGUGUGAGGCAGCGACGCAUGAGCCUGCGGGAUGACACUUCUUUCGUCUUCACCCUCACUGACAAGGACACUGGAGUCACGCGUUACGGCAUCUGUGUUAACUUCUACCGCUCCUUCCAGAAGCGAAUGCCUAAGGAGAAGGGGGAAGGUGGGGGAGGGUCCCGUGGGAAGGAAGGACCCCGUGCCACUUGUGCCUCAGAAGAAGUUGGUACUGAGAGCUCGGAGAGUGGCUUGUCCCUGCAGCCUCCCAAUGCUGACUCUGCCCCUGAGGUGAAUCAGUCUCCUCGGGGCAAACCCCGGGCCAAGGCAGGAAGCCGUUCCCGCAACAGUACUCUGACAUCCUUGUGUGUGCUCAGCCACUACCCCUUCUUCUCCACCUUCCGAGAAUGUCUGUACACCCUCAAACGUCUGGUGGACUGCUGCAGUGAGCGGCUGCUGGGCAAGAAACUAGGCAUCCCUCGAGGCAUACAAAGGGACACUAUGUGGCGCAUCUUUACUGGAUCAUUGCUAGUGGAGGAGAAGUCAAGUGCCCUUCUGCAUGACCUUCGAGAGAUUGAGGCCUGGAUCUAUCGAUUGCUGCGCUCCCCGGUGCCUGUUUCUGGGCAGAAGCGAGUAGACAUUGAAGUCCUACCCCAGGAGCUCCAACAAGCUCUGACCUUUGCUCUUCCAGACCCUUCUCGAUUCACCCUAGUGGAUUUCCCACUGCACCUUCCCUUGGAACUUCUGGGUGUGGAUGCCUGUCUUCAGGUGCUAACCUGCAUCCUGUUAGAGCACAAGGUGGUGCUACAGUCCCGAGACUACAAUGCCCUUUCCAUGUCUGUGAUGGCGUUUGUGGCGAUGAUCUACCCAUUGGAGUAUAUGUUUCCUGUAAUCCCACUGUUGCCCACCUGCAUGGCAUCGGCAGAACAGCUACUGUUGGCUCCAACUCCGUACAUCAUUGGGGUCCCUGCCAGCUUCUUCCUCUACAAACUGGACUUCAAAAUGCCUGAUGAUGUAUGGCUGGUGGAUCUGGACAGCAACAGGGUGAUUGCCCCCACCAAUGCAGAAGUGCUACCAAUCCUGCCAGAACCGGAAUCACUGGAGCUGAAAAAGCAUCUGAAGCAGGCCCUUGCCAGCAUGAGUCUCAACACCCAGCCCAUCCUCAAUCUGGAGAAAUUCCAUGAAGGCCAAGAGAUCCCCCUUCUCUUGGGAAGGCCCUCUAACGACUUGCAGUCCACACCUUCCACUGAAUUCAACCCACUCAUUUAUGGCAAUGAUGUAGAUUCUGUGGAUGUCGCAACCAGAGUGGCCAUGGUCCGCUUCUUCAACUCCCCCAACGUGCUGCAGGGUUUUCAGAUGCACACGCGUACCCUGCGCCUCUUCCCUCGGCCUGUGGUAGCUUUUCAAGCUGGCUCCUUUCUAGCCUCACGUCCCCGACAGACUCCUUUUGCUGAGAAGCUGGCCAGGACUCAGGCUGUGGAGUACUUUGGCGAAUGGGUCCUUAACCCCACCAACUAUGCCUUCCAGCGAAUUCACAACAAUAUGUUUGAUCCAGCCCUGAUUGGUGACAAGCCAAAGUGGUAUGCUCAUCAGCUGCAGCCUAUCCAUUAUCGAGUCUAUGAUAGCAAUUCCCAGCUGGCAGAGGCACUGAGUGUGCCACCAGAGCGUGACUCUGACUCGGACCCUACUGAUGACAGUGGCAGUGAUAGCAUGGAUUAUGAUGACUCAAGCUCUUCUUACUCCUCCCUUGGUGACUUUGUCAGUGAAAUGAUGAAAUGUGACAUCAAUGGUGAUACCCCUAAUGUGGAUCCAUUGACGCAUGCAGCCCUGGGGGAUGCCAGUGAGGUGGAGAUUGCUGAGCUGCAGAACCAGAAGGAAUCAGAGGAACCUGGCCCAGACAGCGAGAACCCUCAGGAAAACCCCCCGCUGCGCUCCAGCUCCAGCACCACCGCCAGCAGUAGCCCCAGCACCGUCGUCCAUGGAGCUAAUUCUGAACCUGCUGACUCAACGGAGGUGGACGAUAAGGCAGCAGUAGGCGUUUCCAAGCCCCUCCCUACCACGCCUCCCAGCAUUGGCAAAUUGACCGCGGACAGGCGUCAGACAGAAAUUGGAGAGGGGUCAGUGCGCCGGCGAACCUAUGACAAUCCAUACUUCGAGCCCCAAUAUGGCUUUCCCCCUGAGGAAGAUGAUGAUGAGCAGGGGGAAAGUUACACUCCCCGAUUCAGCCAACAUGUCAAUGGCAAUCGGGCUCAAAAGCUGCUGCGGCCCAACAGCUUGAAACUGGCAAGUGACUCAGACGCAGAAUCAGACUCUCGAGCGAGCUCUCCCACCUCCACCGUCUCCAACAACAGCACCGAGGGCUUCGGGGGCAUCAUGUCUUUUGCCAGCAGCCUAUAUCGGAACCACAGUACAAGCUUCAGCCUUUCAAACCUCACGCUGCCCACCAAAGGUGCCCGAGAGAAGACCACACCCUUCCCCAGUCUGAAAGGAAACAGGAGGGCCUUAGUGGACCAGAAGUCAUCUGUUAUUAAACACAGCCCAACAGUGAAAAGAGAGCCUCCAUCACCUCAGGGUCGAUCCAGCAAUUCUAGUGAGAACCAGCAGUUCCUGAAGGAGGUGGUGCACAGUGUGCUGGACGGCCAGGGCGUUGGCUGGCUCAACAUGAAAAAGGUGCGCCGGCUGCUGGAGAGUGAGCAGCUGCGCGUCUUUGUCCUGAGCAAGCUGAACCGCACAGUGCAGUCGGAGGACGACGCCCGGCAAGACGUCAUCCCUGAUGUGGAGGUCAGUCGAAAGGUGUACAAGGGGAUGCUAGACCUGCUCAAGUGCACGGUGCUCAGCCUGGAGCAGUCCUAUGCCCACGCGGGCCUGGGAGGCAUGGCCAGCACCUUUGGGCUUCUGGAGAUUGCCCAGACCCACUACUACAGUAAAGAACCAGACAAGCGGAAGAGAAGUCCAACAGAGAGCGUAAAUACACCAGUUGGCAAGGAUCCUGGCCUGGCUGGGCGGGGGGACCCAAAGGCUAUGGCACAGCUGAGAGUUCCCCAGCUAGGACCUCGGGCACCAAGUGCUGCAGGAAAGGGUCCUAAAGAGCUAGACACCAGAAGUUUAAAGGAAGAGAAUUUUGUAGCGUCUAUUGGGCCUGAAGUAAUCAAACCCGUCUUUGACCUUGGUGAGACAGAAGAGAAAAAGUCCCAGAUCAGCGCGGACAGUGGCGUGAGCCUGACAUCUGGUUCCCAGAGGACUGAUCCAGACUCUGUCAUUGGUGUGAGUCCAGCUGUUAUGAUCCGAAGCUCAAGUCAGGACUCUGAAGUUAGCACCGUGGUGAGUAAUAGUUCUGGAGAGACCCUUGGAGCAGACAGUGACCUGAGCAGCAACGCAGGUGAUGGAGCAGGUGGUGAGGGCAGCGCGCACUUGGCCAGCUCUCGGGGCACUUUGUCUGAUAGUGAAAUUGAGACCAACUCCGCUACCAGCACCAUCUUUGGGAAAGCCCACAGCUUGAAGCCAAGUGUAAAGGAGAAGCUGGUGGGCAGCCCAGUUCGCUCUUCUGAAGAUGUAAGCCAGCGAGUCUAUCUCUACGAGGGACUCUUAGGCAAAGAGCGUUCUACUUUGUGGGACCAAAUGCAGUUCUGGGAAGAUGCAUUCUUAGAUGCUGUGAUGUUGGAGAGAGAAGGAAUGGGUAUGGAUCAGGGUCCCCAGGAAAUGAUCGACAGGUACCUGUCCCUGGGAGAACAUGACCGGAAGCGUCUGGAGGAUGAUGAAGAUCGUUUGCUGGCCACACUUUUGCACAACCUCAUCUCCUACAUGCUGCUGAUGAAGGUAAAUAAGAAUGACAUCCGGAAGAAGGUGAGGCGCCUGAUGGGAAAGUCGCAUAUUGGGCUUGUGUACAGCCAGCAAAUCAAUGAAGUGCUUGAUCAGCUGGCUAACCUGAAUGGACGUGACCUCUGUAUCCGGUCCAGUGGCAGCCGACACAUGAAGAAGCAGACAUUUGUGGUACAUGCGGGGACAGACACAAAUGGAGAUAUCUUCUUCAUGGAGGUGUGUGAUGACUGUGUGGUGUUGCGUAGUAACAUCGGGACGGUGUAUGAGCGCUGGUGGUACGAGAAGCUCAUCAACAUGACCUACUGUCCCAAGACCAAGGUGUUGUGCUUGUGGCGUAGAAAUGGCUCUGAGACUCAGCUCAACAAAUUCUAUACUAAGAAGUGUCGGGAGCUGUACUACUGUGUGAAGGAUAGCAUGGAGCGAGCUGCUGCCCGACAGCAAAGCAUCAAACCCGGCCCUGAACUAGGUGGCGAGUUCCCCGUGCAGGACAUGAAGACGGGUGAGGGUGGCCUGCUGCAGGUCACCCUAGAAGGGAUCAAUCUCAAGUUCAUGCACAACCAGGUUUUCAUAGAGCUGAAUCACAUUAAAAAGUGCAAUACAGUUCGAGGCGUCUUUGUCCUGGAGGAAUUUGGUAAUUACACUAUUUUGCUCUUAGGUCUGGACUCACAUGGCAGUAACUCAAACCUCGGAGCUCCAGAGGAGGGACUAGAGGCAGAGAGAAGAACCACCUCUGCAGAGAGGUCAGGAGGAUUAGGAGCGAUAGGGAAGAAAAGGGAACCCGAGAUAAGCAAAGGGAAGGAGGAAGAAAGAAAAGAGAGACCAGAGCUGCUAGGGAGUGGGUCCCGGAAGAGCAAGUGGCCUUAGACAGGGUUAGAGUUCAGAGAUGCCCCUACAAAGGCUCAGCGAGCUGGUGCCACCUUCCCUUGCUUGGCCAGCUGGUGAUCAGAAAGUUCUGGGGCAGAGCAGACGGGCAGUUUCCAAGCUCUACUGUGUUCAUGUCCCCUGCUGCGAUUCUCCUGACAGCCCAGUGCUCCGUGUAGCCACCUGGUGCCGCUCUGGUGUCCCCUGAGCCUCUGCGCUGGAGGAGGGCGCAUGGUGGUACCGGCAGACUCACUCUGGAGGGCAGGGAGCCUCGUGGGCCUCAGAGGCAGGCAGGGCAGUUGUAGCUGGAGGCUGGGAGCCAGCCUCCCUGCAGCCAGGCGCUGAGAAGUGGUGUAGUGGGUUCUCACCCUGGGGCUUUGAGUUCCUGCUGUGUUUGUGCUUCAUUCUUUUGUGCCCCCCAUCGCUGCUAUGAAAACCUUCGUUCUCCAGCAGGUAAAGUGACCUCGGCUCGUGCUGCCUCCCCCCAGGCCCCUGCCUGGGCCCUGCCGUGGGUGGGAUGGGCUCCCUUCAACCAGACCAGCCGCUCCCAUUGCCAGUUGUCUCAUCCCUUUUCUCCCCACCCUCUUCCUCUCAGCCUCCCCCCACCCGCGUGCUGGCUCACUCGUUCUGAGUUUUCUCCCCUGUGUGCUCCCUCCUCUCUUCUGCCAGAGAGAUAUUUGGGGGAAUCUUUCAACUCAGAAGAAGGACCUGGGCUUCUUGCUCUACCUAUGAUGAGUUUAUUCCCUGGUUAACCCUGGGUCCCCCUGAGUUCUACCUCCCAGGGUCGGAAGAAGGUGUGGCCAACUCUCCUGCUACCUUUUCUGGCCCCCAGGGUGAUGCCAUGCCCCCCUGCUCCCCUCUCCAGGGGCCAUCAGGAUGGCUGUGCCCCGGGGGGGACCUUACUCCUUCCUCUGGCCAAGCAGAACCCCUGCAUGGCUGGGGCAGGGGUGACUCUUAGUCUUGCAUUCUGGGCUGUGAACAUGUGUGUAUUUUGCCUGAUGCUCCCUGUCACCUCCCUCCCCGGGUGCUGUACUCGCCUGUCUUCCGCUCGGUGUGUCUGCUCCAGAGCCCUCUGACGCUCUCCCUCACACAGGCAGGCCUGGGCCUCUCCUGCCACUCAGGGAAGGAAACUUACAGGUCUGGUGGGUUGAGUAUCAUGCCGCUUCUUCAUCCAGCCUAAGGACCCUCUGUGUAGAGGCUGGGAGUGCAGGGAACCAUGCUUAACAUGAACAGUCUCGGGCUGGUCACAGGGAUGAGUUCUCGGGCAUCUCAGCACGGCGAGAGGCACAGGCUAGAGACAACUCUCAGCCAAAACGUGGGAACGCCCCACCGCAGCUCCGCAGGGCCCUGGACAGUGGCAGUGAACAGGCUGGUGAGAGGCCAGCCCGCUCCCCUGCUGAGGCUCUCCAGGAAGUGGGUAGAGUCACAGCCAUGGCACAGGGAGCCACAGCAGGCCUCAGAGGUCUGGCUGAGGAGUCUGGGGCAGCGGCCUCUCAUCCAGCAGCAGCUGGACAGAAGCUGGCAUGGCCUGAGCCGCCACAGCCGCUGGGACAUGCCACGGUGGGGAAGGGGACCCUGGUGCCGGGCGCUGCCGCCUGGGAGAGCCUGGCACUACCGCUCUUAGUUUUGAACUUUCUGUUUUGUCUCUUGCCCGUCCGG